AUCCUUUCACAGGUGAUUAAGAAGGUACAGAAGCGACGGCUUAGGGCUGCUAAGUUCUAAUCGAAUUGCCUGUUUCAGGAAACAUGGCCAAGGUUCGAAGACAAAUCUAAAACUUCGUUAUCUAUCUCAUAUAUUUCUAUAUUCCCAAAAUAGCAUCUUUUUGACUUCUUCUACCUUAAUUUUAUUACUUUAUUUUAUUGUUUCUCUUAUGUUUUUCAUCCAUAUCUAUUACUUUGUAAUUUUAUUUUAGGAAUUGUAGAAACAGCAUAAAAAUCUCAAGAACUAAGAUAUAAAUAUAAAAUAAAAUUGUGUUACCUGAAUAUAAGAGCUAAAUUUAAAUUCUUACAAAACUUGUGAAAAUCAUCAUGAUGUUAAUUAAUGAAAUUAGUAGAUGAAAUUAGGAGAUGUCCAAGUACAGUAUUUAUCCAAAUUUGACUAUACAUAUUUGUCAAGCUAUGUUCAAAACAAACGGUAAAAAUCUUUUAUAAAAUAAAUAAGUAUAGUUUAUAUGUAUAAAUAUGUAUAUGGACUGAUUACUUGUAGAACAAGCAGCUACUCAACGUGAAUUUAAAAGAAGGAUCCCACGGAAGAAAUGAUAUUUCCAAUGAACCUAAGCUGACCUCUGAUCAAGAAAAAGAAAUCAUCAACGAAAAAGGGUCUGAUGGCUAACAUUCGUUUAGUCAAGGCCAUGACUGCCAUGGAUAGACCGGGUUCUUGCUCUGAAGUCAAACUUUUAUGGCCUUAUUCGGUUAACCAUAACUAUUGUUGCAUCUAUAGAGUGCCAUGUGGGUUAAGGAGUGUGAAUCCAGAGGCUUACACUCCUCAAAUGCUUAUCAUCGGUCCUCUUCACCAUUAUAAGAAAGCGCAAGCUGUUGAACUCUCCAGAACCGAUGUGAGAUAUAUGUACUAUAACAAGAUGGAGCUGCACAAGAAGAAGUACCUUGAGAAUUUUGCACUUGCCUACGGGAAUCAAACGGUCGAGAAAUUCAGAAGCAUUAUCAAAAGAGACGAGCAGGUUAUAAGAUCAUGUUACGCAGAAUCAACGGAUACGAUAAACUCUGACGACUUCGUUGAAAUGAUGCUCCACGACUCAGUGUUCUUACUAGUGUUUUUCAUGCACAAUGGACCUCGAUACAUCGACAAAACAGGAGAUUUUCUUUUCGACGAGCCUUGCUACCAAUACACUAUCUUUGGUGACCUAAUAUUGCUUGAAAACCAACUUCCUUAUGCCCUUUUAGAAAGCCUCUUCGAACCCUUUUAUGACAAGUUUGGGGGUAACAUAACGUUCCGUGACGUUAUUCUUCAAGGUUUUGGGAUCCAAGGAAAGGUCACAAGAGAAAAGAAGUUCCUACAUUUCACGGAUUUGCGUCGGCUUGUCCUUGUCCAGACACUUGGUCUAACGGAAGAAGAGCAGAUUAACGCAAAACUCGUGAGAAAGGAGUCGAUAGUGAGACUUCCUAACGCAGAAAUGUUGAACAGUGCAGGAGUAGAAUUUGAAUGUUCUGAAGAAAAGGACACGUUAGUGAUUGAAUUUGAACGUGGAAUCUUGACAAUGCCUUGCUUCAAGGCAGAAGAUAACACUGAAAGGGUUUUUAGGAGCAUAAUGGCACUGGAGCAAUGUCAUUACCCUUACACAGCCUUCGUUUGUAACUAUAUCGACUUCUUGGUCUGUCUCAUUGAAACUGAGAGUGACGUUGACGUGCUCGUCAACAAAGGGGUUAUAAAGAACUGGUUGGGACGUAAAGGAUAUAUUGCGGAAAUGGUGAGCAGGUUGUGUUUAGAGAUUGUUGAUGAGGGCUGUCACUAUUACGAUAUAUCUGAACGCCUCAGCGACUUCUACGAAAACCCUUUCAACAGAUCCGUAGCCACUCUCCGGCGUGUCUACUUCAAAGACCUUUGGACCGGAACUGCCCACGUCGUCGCCUUCUUUCUCCUCGUGUUAACUUUGAUUGCGACGGUAGCUUCCGUUCUCCAAGUGACGCAAAAAGACAAUAAUUCCUAGCCAUCUCUGCCUCCACCUCCGUUUCAAAUACCUUAGUUGUUUUCUUGUGAUAGACGAAUUAAACCGUUUUUACUAACACUGUUUUUUUUCUCUUGGUGUUACACUUUGUUUUUUUUUCUUGGUUCAAAAAACUUAACACUGUUUUAUUAAUAAUAGUUUGAAAAAUAUUCAUCUUUUUUACAA